AACCAUACAUUCAUAUUUACCACUAUACAUUUGUCUUUAUUAAAGACCAUGAUAAAAAUUGGAUUGAGUGAUUUCUAUUGCAGGUUUUGGUUGCAAAAUGUUUCAUACGUUUUCCGCGAUCGAAAGGAUGUUUACUCGUUAAUGGCAAUUAACUAUUUCCACAUCAGUAAAUACAUCCAAGCUUAUGCUGUAGAGUAGACGGACAUUUGCAAAUAGAACACAUUUUGCGUUAAUUAAUCCUGUAAAACAAAGUGGAGGGCACUUUUCGUCGACACUUGCGAUUACGUUUAUGUAAUACGUCACAGAAUGGAAACCAAUGAAAAUUUAAGAACAGUACCUUUGACCCCUGAACUCUGUUUUGACUUCAGACUUAAAAAUGGCGGACGUUGACUUCGGGGAUAAAGAGCUUUUUGAGCAGAUCGAAGACUCUGUACCGCAGGUACCGAAGCACAUAAUCUUUGAAGACGAUGAGGAAACUGAGGAGGUGCAGCAGUUGCGGAACAGGCUGGAGGAGUGCGAGGAGUGCAUGCAGAGACUCACUGAGGAGAAUAAGGUUUUACGGAGGAAGUUAAGCAUCCUGACAAGACCGAGCGGCGUCACCAUCGCAGAUGUCAAUAUUGACGGCCCACUUCUUCAAAUCCUCUACACAAAUAACAGCAUAUCAAAGCAGUGUCGACAGGAAAUUGAAGAUGGCAUCUGCAAUGUCAUUUUGAAACAGCAGAAACCAGUCCAUGACAAGAAAUCCUCUUUUUACAUAAAGCCUCAGAAUUCAUCUUUUUCUUUGGACAAGGAUCCCCUAAGCUCAUCGUUGAGUAGUGUAAAAGCAACAUCAGAAGCUUUUAAAGUGGUUGGGAGUGUUUUAUAUUUCAAUACUUUCAGUGUUGAUAAACUUGGGCAGCCUCUGGCGAAUGAAAAUCCUCAGAUGACAGAUGGAUGGGAACUUCCAAUCUACUCCCAGCAUUUCAGCCAAAUCAUUGGAACAGAUGGACAAGAAAUGGAAUUAAAAGAAAAAAGAGCCAAGUCCAUUUGUUUCAACUGUAGUGACAGCAGUCAUCAGCUGAAAGACUGUCCAAAGCCAAAAGACAUGGCUGUCAUAAUGGAAAGGAGAAAGGAGUUUCUGCAAAACAACCAGGCUGCACAGAAUAAUCAACGAUACCAUGCUGAUGAAGUGGAAGAACGAUUUGCUAGAUACAAGCCUGGAGUACUGAGUGAGGAGUUACUGUCGGCUCUGGGAGUUGAUAGCAACAGCCUCCCACCUGUUGUUUAUCGAAUGAGGCUGCUAGGCUACCCACCUGGGUGGCUUAAAGAGGCUGAGAUGGAAAACUCUGGUUUAAUGUUGUAUGAUGAUUCAAAUGAUGGCACUUCAACAGAUAACAGGCAGAACACCUCUUAUGAUGUUUCCAAGCUGGUAGAUUUCCCAGGCUUCAAUGUACCUGCAUCAGACAAAAUGAAAGAUGAAUUCCCAUUGUAUGGUUCAAUUCCAAUGCAGAGUACACAUAUGAAGAAUAACUAUGCAGCCUACCUUUCCAGCAACUUUCCAUUGCCAGGUGCCAACUGCAACAAGAGGCACCAUGAAUCUGACUCAUUUCAGCCUCAAAAGAAGAGGAAUAAACUCAGUCCUGAUUAUAAUUCCAGCAGGAGCUCAGACAUGGACAUUGAAUCAGACCCAGGAACCACUUAUAAUAACGGCCAGGGGUUCCAGUUCCAACCACCACUGCCACCUGGUUCCCCCAGUUUCAGUUCACCACCUCCUUUACCUAAGGGCACUCCUCCAGCUACACCCACCCCUCCACCUCUUCCCAAAGGUACACCACCUCCUACGCCACCUCAGCAUGGGCAGAGCUGGGUAGAAGUUGAUGAGGCCAUGGAGGGAACAGAUGAUGACUUGACAUUGGAAGAACUGGAGGAGCAGCAGAGACGGAUUUGGGCAGCUUUAGAAAAUGCAGACACUGCCUCCAACAGCGAGUGUGAGACACCUGCAAUAGGAACACCUAUCCCCAGUUCACCAAGUGCAUCUACGACCGCACAGGGCGACACUGAUAUAGAGGAGGCUGAAGGGGCCAUGGAUUCUAACACACUAGCAAGUGCCUGCCAAAGCAGUGAAACUGAGAGAGAAAAAGAAAAGGAAACUCAGGAGAUUUUCCAUAAGAGCCUGGGACAAAGUAAGGUAAAUGAAGACAGCCUUCAGAGCCCUGAACCCAUCACAGUAAAAGAAGACAGCCCUCAGAGCCCUAGACCAAUCAGAGUAGAAGAACAGAGCCCUGCGCCACCCAAACCGGAGGAAGACAGCCCCCAGAGCCCUGAAUCAAUAAUGGUAGAACAAGACAACUCCCAGAGUCCAGGACCAAUCAAAGAAGAAGGAAACAACAUUAAGAGCCCUCGUGCAGACUUAUCAAACAGGGAUGCUGAAAAAGAGUCUGAUAGAGAAGCUGAGAGGAUAACAUCUGUUCCUCAUCGGAGCAAGUUUGCUGCUGGAAUCGUUCCAUUUGAAGAUACUCCAGAAUACACUGAAGUUGCGGAAGCCACAGGAACAUACUUGAGAAUCAGAGACUUGCUAAAAUGUUCCCCUAGAGGUUUGGCAAAGAAAAAAUUAAACAUUUAGUCUUUGGACAGUGAUUGUUGUGUAUGGGAUUAAUAGGAAGUUCUUUUUUUCAUCUUCACUUGAUCAAUUAAAAACGUUUUAAAGCUGUGUACAAUUUUGUACCCUUAUCAAUGUCUAUAGUUAAUUUUCAUUUAAUCACCAAGGAAAUAGAUUUGUAAAGUAGAUAUGUUACAAGGUCUGCUUUUUUGUUAUUUGUAAAAACGGCAUCAGUCAUUGAAAAGAAAUUCGAUUUUUUAUUUUAAAUAAUUUUUGUGCAACUACAACUGCUCUAAAAUCUUGUAUUAAAACUGUUUGCUCUUUUGCUGUUUGCAC